AUGCCCACAGCAGACCCAGUCACGACCCUCGACUCGGACAUACUCCUCGACGUCGCAGCGCACCUGUCCAUCAGCGACCUCGUGUCCGCCGCAUGCGUGUCGCGCGCCUGGCGCGGCUUCUUCCGCGGCCAAGACCGCCUCUGGCGCACGCAGUACCUUGCGCUGAAAGACGUCGACUCGGGCCUGCGGUGGCGGCACAAGGUCGAGGGGCGGGAGCGUGAGCGGCGCGGGGACGACCCGGUCGACUGGUAUGCUCUGUGCAUCGACCACCUCUCCCUCCAGCGCGCAUGGCGAACCUCGGCCCCAGAAGUACACUAUGCGCGCGCGCCCGCCAACUCGAUCAGCAUGAGCCUGUACGGCACCAGCGCGGCGAGCGACACGCUCAUGGUACACGACUCUGCGGGCGUGCGGUUCGUCGCCCGCGCGGACCCCUCCGCGUCCUCGGCGCCAGAGGAGGAAGGUGCCAGCGGCGGCACCUCGCACCUGCCGCACCUUCCAGCAUCGCACGUCGGCGUGCCAGUGGAGUGCGCGUACCCCGUCGCGCCGAUACGCGGGCUGGGACACGCGCUCCUCGCGCGCGGCGGCAAGCCAAGCCGCAUGGCCUACUCGGACGUGUACAUUACGCAGGCGGCCGCCGAGCGUUUCGCAAUCGGCACCUUCUCGCCGCCCCGCGAGCCGCGAUACUCGGACGACGGGAAGCUCGACGUGCUCGGCUUUGCCGGGCUGGGCAUGUUCGCCCUCGAUAUCCCCGGGUUCCGCCACGUCGCCCGCGUGCCCGCGCACGUCGGCCACCGGCCCACGGGCCAAGUCGCGUUCCAUGUCAGCGAGGAGGAGAACGCCCUCGACGCGGCGUACUGGAACCGCCGUGGCGGGCGGAUGGUCGUUGAGCGCGUGGGGAGCGGUGUGCGCCGCGAGAUUGACAUCCACCCGCUGCACCAUGGCCCCGCGUUGGGCCUCGACGCCGACUACAUCCUCAUCAAGGGCCUGGCGAGGGUGCACGCGUAUGAUCGCCGCACGGGCGCAUACGUCGUGUCCCUGCCGACACGUGCAGACGGUAUCGGGUCCGCUGCGGACCUGGGCGGCGCGGUGCCCGAGGCCGACGCGCCGCCGGCACGCAUCGCAGCCGCAGUGUACUCUGUGCCCUCGAAGCGGGCCAAGCCGGUCACGCGCGAGCGGCUGCUGCCCCAGAUCCCGGGGCAGCCAGUGUACGACAAGGUCGAGGAGGCGGCGAACGGCUUCACCGUCACUGAAAUGCUGCUCACCACGUCCAACAUGGUGCUGCUGACCGACACGUCGCUCGUGCUCAUCAUCCCCCACUACCGCGCCGUGAUGGCACAGGCGGCCAAGCUCGACGCGCGCGAGCACGAGGCGUUCAUCACGAGCGUCACGCUCGCUAUCGACCUCGGUGACCAGUUCGCGUCGUCCGUCGCGGUGGUACAUGGCCCGCGCGUCGCCGUGUUCACUUCGACGACCGCCGUCAUCCUUGAAGACUCGGCUUUCGAGCCACUUCCCGUCCCCGUCGCACCCCGCCUCCGAGCCACUAUCCUCAAGCGCCCGGAGCGGUCGUGGCCAUUAAUGCACCUCUUCGUCAGCAUGGACGAGCGGGCCAUCUACGAGAUCGUCAGCGGCGAGCAGGCUCCCGGCGCCAGUACCCUCGACCCUCCAGAGGACCGCCUCAGAAUCAUCUCGUUCAGCCCCACUCCGUAGCCAGACCACAUAGACAGACUAGACGGCAUGGCAACCCGACUGCACGCUUGACUGAAUGUCAUGUUCAAGAGGUACAAGAAUGCAGGAUACGAUACAACGGCCUAGAGCCUGGCUUUUGGCUUGAUUGGGUUCAGCUUCCACUCCUCCUCUGCGCGCUUUCGGAGGUCCUUGCGGAGAAUCUUGCCGCUGGGCGACUUGGGGAUGGCCUCGACGGCGAUAACACCACCGCGGAGCUUCUUGUGGCCUGCGACGCGCUGCGCGAUCCACUCGCCGAUCUCGGUCACGAGCGACGCGUGCUCGUGGGCGGGGACCUCGGGCUUGGGGACAAUGUACGCGCGCGGGAGCUCGGUCGCCUGCGACUCGUCGUACACGCCGACGACGCCGCUGUCGGCCACCUUGGGGUG